AUGUCAAUUGAUCGAAUUCUAUUUGACAACAUAUUCCUCUCUCAAAUACGAGACAGAUAUGGACUUGUUAAAAUUUUAUUAGACCAAGAUGAGAAUUUAGAUUAUAACAGUAACGGUGAAAACGACGAAGGCAACAGCAAUAACAUUAAUAGCAACAACAUCUACAUCAACGGCAACAAAGAACAAAACAGCCACAACAACAUCAACGAAGAUAAGACGUCACUAGAUGACCUUCCUACAUUUUCUAACGGCCCCAACAGUGACGACGACCAAAGCGACCAUGGGACCAGAACGACGCAAAUCAUCACCGAUCGCACAUGUCAGGAUCAUUUCUACCAAAACCAUUCACCGACAUCCCUUCAGCAACAGCCACAAAAUUUACAACAUCAACAAAAAAACUAUUCCAAAUCCGAACUACAAAUUCUCCGUAAGAAUCUUUCCAUCUUAUUCCAAUCCGGCUUCUAUCUAGGACGACUAACCUCUGAAGAAUCUCGGCGAUUAUUAUCCGACAAAAAACUCGGUACAUUCUUAAUUCGGGAUAGCACAAAUCCUGCAUAUAUUUUAUCCCUCGGAGUGCAAACAGUCCGUGGAGCAACAUCUAUCAGGAUUUUUUUCAACGACGGUGUCUUCGGACUAGAGACGGAUGUCGGGACGAAAUACGCUCACACGUUUGAGAGCGUCUUGCAUUUGGUUCAGCAUUACGUCAUGAACCCAAACAAGAACGUCCUGGUCGAAAGCAGUGGCCGUUGCGACACGCCAGUCCUGCUGCAACUGCCUAUGCGGCUGACGGUUCCUCGCCUCUCUCACGUGGUCAGAUUAAAAAUUAAUGAAUUUGUCGCAGGUCGAAGUCUCGAUAGAUUGCCUACAAUUCCAAGUCUAAAGACCUACCUACAACAGUAUCCAUUCUCUGUUUAA